CUCCUCGGUUAACUUGGCCCAUGAAUAACCUAAGAAAUUCACCGGAGUUGGCAAAACAUCAAACACCUCUGAUCAAUAUCAAUGCCGAGAGUGAGAUUCUUCCCUGCGUGAAUUAUCAAGAAUUCAAAAAAUAAUGAUACUGCCAUUGUUUAAGCUCGGCACACUUGCGCUGAGAACACUCUGCAAACCAAUUGGUAAUCGCAUCAAGAAAGAAGCUGGCUUUCACCCCAAGUUCCGACAAACCAUCAUCAACAUUGCCCAGGCAAAUCAUCGUCUUACGACAAAUUUGCAAAGACGUAUAUAUAGCCGUGCAACAAAUGUUGAAAUUCGUCCUCUCAAUGAAGAAAAAGCUGUUCAGGUUGCUGCAGACCUUCUUGGGGAGCUCUUUUUAUUCACGGUUGCAGGUGGACUGAUAGUUUUCGAAGUGCAAAGAAAUUCCCGAUCAGAAGCCAGAAAAGAGGAACUUCGCAAGCAGAUAUUGGAGGUACUGAGGGCAAGAGACGAAGAACUAGCCGGUGAAAUUGAGCAGCUUAAGCAAAGAAUGGCAGCACUUGAGCUCCAUAGUAUAUUUAGGUUUAGGCACUCUUCUAAAGGAUCUGAUGAUACAACUAAUAAAGAAGCUCAACCAUCUUAACGUAUUCGUUGCGCCGAAUUACGCCGCCAACUGUUUUGCGCGUAGUUAUUAUAACUAUUAUUUUUUAUUUUAUUUUUCGCAACUUGCCAGAUCGUUUGUUGGCAAAUUGUGCAUUCGCAAGCAUGGCAUGAAUAAAUUGUAUAGGUUUUUCUAACAGCUUAGGGAUCAAGAAUCGGCUGAAUUCUACGUUCGCCUUUAGCUGGAGCAUGGAACGAGUUAGAUGCUCUUUGUUUUUGCGGUAAAUAUGGGAACAUAGUUAAACCUUUUUAGUAUUUAGUACAUUUUUUUUUCCGACGGACGAAUUCAUAAUUGGUUUUCCUUUUAUUUUCUUUUCGGCACUAUUGAU